UUUGUAAACUUAAUAACCCAUUUAUUGCAAACUUUGAAAAGUGUAAAGCCAAUACUAAAACCACUUUUAGUUUGGGUUUGGCAGAAGAGAGCACCGAAGACUUUGAAGAGUGUGAAGACAAUGCUAGAACCAUUUUUAGUUUGGGUUUGGAGUAUGAAGAUAAGGUUGGGCUAGCUUUUAGUUUAGAAUUAGGGAUAGUAAAAGAUAAUAGUUGUAUAGGUUCGAAAGUAAGUGAAAUUAAUACUGGAUCUACUUUUGAAUUGAAAAGUGAUAUGGAUCUGGAAUUGGCAAAAGAUAAAGGUGGUUUAGGGUUGGAAGUAAAAGAAAAUAGUAAAGGUUUAGUAAAAAGUAAUGGUAGUAUAAAUUUAGAUUUGGAACUAGUAGAAAGUAGAUCUAGUGUAGUAUCAGAUUUUGGUAAUGAUUUGUUCGAUCUAAUGUGGCAAUUAACUUUAACUUAUCUUUAUUUAAAAUUAGAUGACAUUACUGAGUUGUAUAUUGGCUUACAAUUUGAUUCUUGGGAAGCUGCUGAAUAUUAUAUAAAAGAGUAUAAAAAAAAAGAAGCUAGAAUAUAUAAACCUAAUAAAGUGAAACCAUCAAACCAACAACACAAUAAAGGUUCAAAGAAAUCUAAUUAUGAAUGGCAUGUCAAUUUAAGCAAACAUGAAAUUGGUAUGCAGUCAACACAACAUGUUAAAUUAAUAAAUGUACUUAUCCACAAAGCUGUUUUUGCUAGUUCUUCUAUGGCUAAUAUAGUAGAAGCGUUAGAUUCUCAAAUACAACAAGAAGCUAUGAAUAAGAGUUUUAUGGUUUGGAAAUAUAAGUCAACAAUAUAUUAA